AUGACUGCUCGUCAGCUUGCCGCCCUUCGUGAACUUGCCGCGCUUGCUGAGGUCGGUGAUGCUCCAAGUCCAGCUCCGCCGACGAGCAUUCGGGUGAUCCCAAACCCGCGGCUGACAAGGCGCCGCUUCUCGCAAGCGCUUGCGACCGACUUGGCCAACACUUCGGCCUCCUCGAGCCCUCGCCCUCUCCGAGCUCCUCGCCUCUCUCGACGCUAG